AUGGAAUAUUAUGAUGUUCGAGAACAAAAAAGUGAAAUAAUACAAAGACUUGAUCCACAAUUAAUUGUUAAUUGUGUUACAGAUAUAGAUGAACUUCGAUAUUUAUUAAUAAACCAUAUUGAAAAAGUUUCUGAUGAAACAAAUGAAUUGUUAUCUUAUGUUGAUUUACUUGAAACAAUUCUUGCUGAAAAAGAAGACAAUGGUUCAAUGAAUACAACAUCUAUUCCAAAAGAAUCACCAUCAUCAACACCAAUUACACUUAAACUGUUACGUAAUUUUUCAAAUGUAUCAUCGAGUAUUGUGGUUCCACGAGUAUCAGAAUUUUCUCCAGUUCCACACAUUUCUCCAUGGAAGGAAAAAUCUCCUACAAAUGAACAUACUCGUCGAAGAAAAGGACCAGUAGCGUUUCUGCCAUCAUCAUCAUCUAAUCAUCUUUCUCCAGGUAUGUUUCCAUCAAUAUAUGCUCUUCAAAUACUUGAAAAAGGAACUUUAUCUUUAAUUUUUAUUUUUCUAAUAGCUGAUCGUUUGGUAGAUAUUGAAGACGCUAUUAAUAAUUUAAUAGCAUAUGUAAAUACUCUUCGUGAAGAUGUGGCUUCAAUUGCUGUCCAAUUAAAACCAUUAUUGAAAAAUAUCAAAAUCAUUCAUAACGUAACUUCGAUCCGGUCACUCCUUCGAAAAAAGACCAUGACAAUAUAUACACGUAAUGAAAUAUUAUCGAAUAAACAUUUAGAUGAACCAGACGAACGCUAUGAAACUGUUAUAGAUGCAUUACAAAAUGGCUUUGAUUUAAACGAUGGAACAAUUAAUGCAUUAUUUUCGUCAUUAAAAGAAGCUCGAAAUCAAUUAGCCAAGUAUGUGAGAUAUUUGAAAGUCAUGAAACAAAAAUUAGAUAGAAAUGUUGCCAAUGAUGAUGAUGGUGCACCUGUUCAAGGUGUUCAAAUUAUAGACGAAGAUCAAACUUUUUAA